AAUAGAAAUUUGAAAUAAGUCGCGGAAGAAAAACACUGCCUGAGCGUGACAGUUUCAGUGAAAGCCGCUUUCAAAGCGGUGACGAUGGAUCGAACUAUACACCCUCCUUUUGUUCUUUACCAAAGUCUUUAAUUUGGAAACACUUGUUCAAAUUCAAACACGAAAGAUCAGUACAGUUUGAAAGCCAUUCAGUUUUUCACAGUGCUCACGCAAAUAUCGCCCCUCUCGCGAAAUACCCUGGUCUGCGGAAUUACCACCGAAAAAACAUUUACGACCUAGCGACUGACACCGGUGUUCUUAUUACUGUUGAUUUUCGUUUGUGUAAACAUCAAUUGCGCGGCCGAGAGUCUUAUUUGACCCUGUGAUCCGGCAUAGUGGUUUAGGUCAGUGACGGAGUUGAGUCACUGUGAGCUACCGUGAUAGAUAGCUUGCUACGCAGGCUAGCUUGUGCUCCAACGUGAGCCUGCUCGCAGGCUAGCCAGUAGGGGACAAACAAUGUCUGAACAAUGACUUACAACCCCCUGCUGCCUGGCAUAGGGAGCUGUCACUCGUUUUUCAGGGGACGGUAACAUGAGAGACCCUGGGAACGAGGUUGCCACACCCACAGUUUACAGUGUUGGUGUGAUUGUCGUGACUGUUGGCAUUGUUCGAAGCGCUGAUCAUACUGUUUUGUUUUCAACUUGCCGAAUCAUGGAAACUUCAUCUUUUCUUAUUGUUGGCCUACUGGCUCUGUAUAUGAUGCCAACUGCUUUGACUCUGGAAUGCUAUGACUGUACAGACAUUCCCGGAUACUCAGGUGUAGGUAAAUGCAACGAUGAGAACAUCAGAAGCAUCACUUGUGAUACGUUCUUGGACAGAUGUAUGACGAUCAAGGGAACAAUGGCAGUCCCUAAUGCUGGAUCAUUGGACUUCCAGUUGAAAAAUUGCUCCAGCAGCAUUGUGUGUAGCCCGGACAGUCCAUACAAUAGUAAGUAAAAUUAAUGUGAAGGCUGUAAUGUGUGGCUGCAUUCACCCUUGGCGCGUAGACACUGGUGCGUAGUUACCAACACAAAAUAAUGUUUCCCUCAGACACCGGUUACUCCAAAGACCCAAGUACCAUCUAUAGACGAUCCGGUCACAUGGUACGGAAUUAAUUAUGCUGGGACGCAAGUUGCGCAGUGGGACUUC